AUGAACCACAACGGUACAAUUUUCAAGCAAGACAAGGCUUUCUGGAAUAAUUACUUGAAAGGUCGACCCCAGGCACCUGACUCUUUCUUCACACGCAUUUUAAACUACCAUCAGGCCCACGGAGGAAAAUUUGGCAGAGUCCAUGACGUCGGCGCCGGCAAUGGUCCUUAUUCCGAGACACUACGCUCCAGAUUUGAACAUGUCAUAGUGUCAGAUAUCGUAGCCAAAAACAUUGAUUUGGCUCAGGAUCGCCUUGGGACCUAUGGAUUCAGCUACCGCAUAGCGAAGUUGGAGGAAGCGGAUGAUAUCCCUGCCGGAAGCGUUGAUAUGGUCUUUGCAACGAAUGUGAUGCAUUUCCCCGAUCAGGAGAUGGGGAUGGCUGCCAUAGUGAAGCAGCUGAAACCUGGCGGCACCUUUGCCUGUGCAACCUUUGGACCCGCUCGUUUCGAGAAUACGCAACUACAGGAUUUGUGGCAGCGAAUCAGCUACCAGGGUGGUCGGGAGCUUCUCAAAAAGUCGGAACACCCCAUGCAGCUCAUUAAUGUUAUGGCCAGAACAGAGGAUGAUGCCAAUAUUGCUCCUCUGGAUACACGGUUUUUUGCACCGGGGGCGAAGCGCGUGCACCUGAAUAUGGCCAAUGGGGGGAUUGUUGGACUCCUGCCACCUGAAAAUGCGCAUCUAAACAUCGAGCCAAAUCAUACAGGAGCUGAUGAUGAGAUCUUGUUUGAGGACGAAAAGGGAUGGAGUUUUGAGAAAGACCUGAAUGGUGUCAAAGAGCAUAUCUGCUCAUUUCCGUUUGUAUCUGAGAAUCUGGACGCCUUCACAGACCUCUUUGUGGAGCUAGACAAUCUGCUCGGGGAUGGGAGAUUAGUUAGAGGCUGUUGGCCUGCGAAGAUAGUACUAGCAACCAAACGUUGA